AUGGCAACGACAUCAUUCCGAGAUUCGGUCAACUCGCUAGGUUGGGCUCGACGAGAGGGAGAGACCACAGCCAACACCAAUUCGUCCACUCCUUUCCUAUCUAGGUUACAGUCUUUGAACCCGUUCGGGCAAGGAGAUGGUUAUCUACAGCUGCCCACACACGAAGGCCCAGGAGCUCCUCUACCAGCUCCAACUCGAAGAGAGGAGGAGGAUAGCUUUCUUGCCCUAAGCCGGUGGGACCGGAUGCUCAUAUUCUUCGCAUGCAAUCUUGGCGCUGCUGUCUGCUUCGUCAUUUGCUUUUUCCUGUUCCCAGUGCUCUCGCUCAAGCCCCGCAAAUUCGCCAUUCUGUGGUCUGUCGGAUCUCUACUCUUCCUACUAUCAUGGGCGGUUCUCAUGGGACCAGCGAUCUACGCUAAGCACCUGGUCUCGGGACCCCGCUUGCCCUUUACAGCCGCAUAUUUCGGGUCCAUCGCCUUAACCCUGUAUUUUGCUAUCGGACUCCACAGCACCUUCCUCACCCUCAUCUCCUCCAUCUUCCAGCUCGCCGCCCUCCUCUGGUACGUCGUGAGCUACUUCCCGAUGGGCAGCUCGGGGUUGCAGUUCAUGGGUCGCUUCGGGGCACAGCGCGUUACUGCUUGGAUGACUGGGUAG